AUGGAGGCACUGAGGGCCGUCUUCACCAAGCCGGACCCCCAAGCCCAGGCCCGAAAAUGCAACGCGCUGCUCCGCACCAACAUCCGCAAGCUCGACCGCGACGUCAACACCAUCAAGCAGGCUGAGGCCAAGGCGCGGCAGCUCAUCUUGCAGGCCGACAAGCGGGGGCAGCGCGACCCGUCGCGCGCCGCGCAGGCCAAGAAGGAGGUGCGCAUGUACGCCGGCGAGGUGGUGCGCGCGCGGCGGCAGACGGCGCGCCUGUACACAGCCAAGGCGCAGCUCAGCUCGGUGCAGAUGCAGGUUAGCGAGGCCUUUGCGGUGCGAAAGAUUGAGGGGUCCAUCAAGGCGAGCGUCGGCAUCAUGAAGGACGUCAACAAACUCAUCAGCCUGCCCGCGCUCGCCGGCACCAUGCGCGAGCUCGGAACGGAGCUCAUGAAGGCCGGCAUCAUUGAGGAAAUGGUCGAGGACGUCCUACCCGAAGACAAUGACCUACUGCUGGAUGACGAGGCCGAGGCUGAGGUGGACAAGGUGCUCAGUCAGAUUCUGAAGGAGAAGAAGGAGACUACACCUGCUGCGCAACUACCUGCCGCGCCGCUACCGGAUCCCGAGGUGCCCGUGGAAGUCGAAGAGGAGGAAGACCCGGAGGAAAUGAUGGACCAAAUGCGGGAUCGUCUAAAUGCCUUGCGAAGCUAG